ACAACUAAACAUGACAAUUAAGCCGAUCCUUCUGGAUUCGUUUCCUACUAUAAAAUCAUUUUCACAGAACCACAAAUACUUGGUAUGUCCAUAGAUUUCUAGGUGCCAUGGCAAUAGCUUCUAGCAUUCCUCUUGUAUUCUCUGUCCAACGAUGCAAACCCGAACUUGUGGCUCCAACCAAGCCCACACCACAUGAACAUAAACUUCUAUCUGACAUUGAUGAUCAAGCGGCUCUUCGCUUCCAAGUUCCAUUUAUCCAAUUUUAUGAGUACAAUCCUUCCAUGCAAGGAAAAGAUCCAGCCGAGGUUAUUAGGGAGGCACUUGCAAAUGCCUUAGUGUUUUAUUAUCCAUUUGCAGGUAGAUUAAGGGAAGGGCCUAAUGGUAAGCUCAUAGUGGAUUGCACCGGUGAGGGUGUGAUGUUUAUAAAAGCCGAUGCCGAUGUUACUCUUGAACAAUUUGGCAAUGCACUUCACCCACCAUUCCCUUGCUUUGAUGAGCUCCUUUACGAUGUUCCUGACUCUGAACGGAUGCUUAAUUGUCCACUAUUGUUAAUUCAGGUAACGCGACUAAAAUGCGGUAGUUUCAUUUUUGCUAUCCGCUUUAACCAUGUAAUAUGUGAUGGCAUAGGCCUAAAACAAUUCAUGUCUACCAUAAGCGAAAUGGCACGAGGUGCAACUUCAUGCUUCAUCUCACCCAUUUGGGAAAGACAUCUCUUAGAUGCUGGAGAUCCACCUCGAGUCAUAUUCUAUCACCAUGAGUAUGAUGAAGUAGAACCUACCGCCAUCUCUUGGCCAUUGGAUAACUUGGUUCAACGUUCUUUUUUCUUUGGCCCUGUUGAAGUUUCAACUCUUCGUAGUCUCCUCCCACUCCACCUUUGCCAUUGCACCACCAAGUUCGAACUCCUAACAGCUUGCUUAUGGCGUUGUCGAACCAUUGCUUUAAACCUUAACCCUAAUGAAAAGGUACGCAUGCUAUGCACCGGAAACUUACGUUCCAAAUUCAAUCCUUCAUUGCCAUUGGGAUAUUAUGGGAAUGUCAUUGUCUUUCCAGCAGCAAUAACAACAGUUAGAAAUCUUCUCCAUAAUCCAUUAGGGUAUACAGUGGAACUAGUGAAGCAAGCCAAAGCAAGCAUGACAAAGGAAUAUGCCAAAUCAGUGGCAGCUUUAAUGGUGCUUAGGGCUAAACAACUUAAUUUCACAAAAAUUGUUGGAUCUUUCGUUGUAUCUGAUUUAACAAAAAUAGGAUUUGAAGACAUCGAUUUUGGAUGGGGUAAGGCAGUGUUUGCAGGGGCAGCAAAAGCUGUUGGGGUGAUAAGCUUUUUCGUAUCAACCAAAAGUACGAAAGGAGAAGUUGGAACUUCAGUACCUAUUUGUUUGCCAGCUCCGGCCAUGGAAAGAUUUGAGAAGGAAUUGGACAACAUGUUGAAAGGCCAUCUGCUAGGGUUUUGAAACAAUUUAUCUAGAAGAAGUAUGAGGCUCAGUUAAGAACUUGAGUAACAACGUAAUAAAUCUGGAUAAAGAAUGACAAAAACUUUGAAAUUCAAGUCUGGAGGUUUUUUGAGCAAACAAACAGAAUCUGGCUUGAACUAUGAAAGCAAAAAUUAAGAGAGUAUUUUUUUUGAAUAAUUUCUGUUGAAAUUCAUUAAUUAAUAAAAGAUGGCAUAAUGCCUAUACACAUACCAGUCACAAGCUGGUCAGCUUUAACAUA